UCAAGGCAGCGCUGCAAAGCGAAGCAAACCGUAUUUUUUUCACCGCCGACAGUCGGACGACGAGUCGAAUCGCAAAAAAAACGCAACCGGAAGGAAAUUAUCGUCUAAUAAGUUACAGAAACCAAAAGGAAGAGCGGAGAUAUUAGCCCGAUUUACGCGCCCUGUGCAUGAGAUCGUUAAGCGAAUUAAGCCCAAAGCCCAAUAUCUUGGCCAGCCCAUCAAGUAGCGUGUUUCAAAUCAAAAUUGCAUAAUCUACGAAAGCCGGGAACGAGUUUCGCUCGACGAGAUCGCGAUUACACAGCCGGUGGAUUAUCUUUCGCGUAAUCGCAGUAGCUCGGUCGCUUCCUUUGACUUUGGCCACGUUCUGUAGCCGGCUCUUAUCGCUCUAUGGCCAUCUGAAGUUGCAGUUGCAGUUGCAGUUGCGGUUGGCAGUAGUUUCAGUAGUUACAGUAAGUCGCGCGCGUGCGUUCGCCUUUUGGCCCGCCUCGUAAUUAAUUACAAACGCAGUCGCGAGCCCCGUCCCUCAUCACCCGCCUCCCUGGCCGGUAAACUCCAGAGGAAAACUUCAACGAUCCUGCCUAUUUACGCGCCCGAAUCUUGAUUCUUUGGACUAACUUUCUGAGCUUGCGUGCUCUGUUGUCGCCGGCUCUUCUCUGCAUCGACGACAUCUGAUUGCCUUUUUAUAGCUGCUUUUGCGUAACUUUCAAUCAAAUAAAGAUACAAUCAGAGUGAAUUAGCCAAGACUGAUUUGAUCUUUUGAAAGAAUACGGUGAAUAACAAUCAAGCAAACCGCAACCAAAACGCGGACAAAGUACAAAAAAAUGUGCCAAUUAUACCUAAACUAACCGAAAAGUGAUCAUUUAGCAAACAAAUGGAGUCUCGGUUAAUUUGUUGGUGUUUCAAUUUUUUGUUUUCCAAAUAUUUUGCUUUAUUUUCGAACCGAUCAACGUGCAACGCGCCCAACCACAAAAUGUUGCUGACAAUGAGGCGUCAAAAUGAACUGAUUGUAGGUAGCCAGCAGCAUCCAUCAGCAACUUCGUCGUCCUCGACAGCAGUGGCGUCUGUAACCGGAUCGACUCCAUCUGAAUUACCUGGACAAAAUCUUUGUUUAGUGCCUUCUGCAACAGCGAAUUCCACGUCGACAGCAACACAGGAUUCUCUGAAUACACCCACAACUCCUCUGCUGGGUCUCAGUCGAAAUCCCCUGCAAUUUGCACCACCACCUGCACCACCCAUUGCCGUGCCAAGUGCCCCUGCCGCGGCACCGGUCUUUGGCUAUUAUCAGACUACAAGUGCUGCGCCACCAUCAUCCCAUCAUCCGCCGUCAACCACUGAAGCUACAUCUCAGCAACCUCCUGUGGAAUUGGACGAAUACGUUGAUAUCUUGCAAGUUCAACAACUGCUUUUGGACUCAUCGGCAGCAGCAGCAGCGGCAGCGAAUAAUCCCCCGUCAACUGAACAGUCCGUGCAACAGCAUCAACAGCAUACGGUUGUGCCACAGCAACAACAACAAAUUCUUGCCAAGCCCCGACCGCGAAUUAAUCUGCAAAAGGCCACGGAAUAUGCUGCUCAAUUAGCUCAGGCGGAGUCCUCGUCCCCCGGCUCGCGUCGUGUUCUGCUCGAUUAUCCGAGUCCCUACCUAUACGGCAAUCCCUAUCACCACCAUACACCGCCAAGCGAGGAUCUAGUUGCCCUCUGGUUCGGCAGCAAUGGCACAGGCGGCGUAGCCCCUGGAACUCCAUCAGCGGCCAUGAUCAUGGAAGGGCUUGAAACCCUGGUGGCGCCAACGCAUCACGCAUUCCUGCUCACCGAGACGGCCGCGGCCGCCCACUUCAAUGUGCUGAGCUUCGACACCUGUCUGUUCAAGACGAGCACGGCGGCCCAGAGCAGCGGCAGUCAGUCGACGGCCACCUACCUGAGUCCCGCCCAGUUCGGCGGGGGCAAUCACGGCGGGGCCAGCACCAGCAGCAGCUCCCUGAACUCCUCGUCCUCCUCCUCCUCGCUGCUGCACUACACCACCACUGCAACGGCAGCGGCCAGCGCCGCAGCCGCCCACGCCGUCGCCUCCGCUUCCGUCAACAAUUCGGUGCUGCGUGCCCGCAACCAGACGGCCACGCCCACCCAGGGCGGCAGUCCGGGACACGUGGCCGUUCAGCCAAGUGCCGCGGCCAGCAGCGGGCGCAGCUCAGCCUCGCACCUCAGCCUGCUGAACACCAGCGGCCAGCACAGCCCCGUCUCCUCGGCCGUCGAGCAGGUGGAGGCCCACAAGCAGCUGAUCGAGGCCCUGCCCGGCGAUCUCAACACGCCGGUGACCACGUCCAGCGAUAUUCCCUCGUUCUUCGGUCCCACCACCGUUGUGGAGCCACCACCCAUUACUGGAUCUAUCGAAUCCGAGGAUCUCUCUUUGGAACCCCAAGUGGUAUCUGUGGCCAGUCCCGUGUUGUCGCAUUGCAGUCCGUUAAAAGAAGAGCGCAGUACGCCGCCAGCAUUGACAAUUGUCAAGGAAGAAUCAAGUAAUAAUAGCUGUAAUAUGUACCCACAACACAACAACAACAACACCACCACAUCAUCAUCAUCAUCAACAACAACAACAACAAGCAAACAGACAACAAGCGAAAGCAACAACAACAACACUGAGGGCGUUGGCUCACCAGGCAACCACACACAAUCACACCAACAACAGCAGCCACAACAACAACAACAACAGCUGCAUCACAACACCAGCAACAACAGCAAUUGCCACCACAGUCACCAGCAGCAACAACAACAACAACAACACAUGAGCUCCCCGCAACAUCAAUACCAACAACACCAAAUAUUACACCAACAACAACAAUUGCCAAAUCACCACCAUCAUCAUCAUCAUCACCACCACCACCACAGUCAACUACAACUCCAGCAACAACAACAGCAACAUCAACAACAACAGCAGCAACACCAACAACAACAGCCGCUACACCAACAACAGCAAUUGCAACACCAGCAGCAACACCAACAACACUAUCAACAACAUGCCCUCCAACAACAACAACAGCCUAGCAAAAUCUCAUAUCGUGGCGUUUUCACCACCACAGGCAACGCGAUGAAUGCAGCAGCCGCCGCCGCAGCUGCCCAACAGCAGCAGCAGCAGCAACAGCAGCAUCAGCAACUUUCCUCCCCACAACUGGGCGUUUUGGCCGGGCCAAUGUCGCCACCCUCGAAUAGUUUGGGCAACAGUUGGGGUCUGCCCAGUCCGGACAAGACCAUGUUCCAGCCACCCCUGUUCAGUCUGCCCGCUCACUAUGCCACCAUGCAACAGCAACAGCAGCAGCAGCAACAGCAACAGCAGCAACAGCAAGCUACAGGAGCUGCUCCUUCGCCCUAUGACGAUGGAAGAGCUGCAGCAGCGGCGGCGGCCCAGCAUGCGGAAUUGCUGGGUCUGACCAUGGAUUGCACACCGAUAUUGCUAAAACAACCGCCACCAACUUACGCCGGAGCCUCAUCCGGUUUUCCGGGCCUGGCCGAACUCCACAGCAGCCACGAGCAACAGUUGCAGCAGCAGCAAUAUGUGCGAUCGCAGCCCAAAUACCAGUGGUUGGACUCCCCGGCGGACUAUGCCCAGCAGCAACAGCAAGUGCAACAGCAGGUGCAGCAGCAGCAACAACAGACUUUGGUGCUGCCGGGACCCACUUCAUCCGCAAGUUCCAGCAAUGCAGCACUGGGCGUUUUAAUACCCAAGCAGGAGAGCUAUCCCGAUAUGCAGCCCAGUUCGAAUGGCACGGGUUAUUCGGCCGGAUCCGGAGGCAGUUCUGCGGCCGCAGCAGCCGCCGCUGCAGCAGCAGCUGCAGUGCAAUUGGCGGAGUACAGCCCUUCGACCAGCAAGGGUCAUGAGAUCCUGUCGCAGGUCUAUCAGCAGAGCACAGUGCCCCUGAAACUGGUGCCCGUAAAGCCACGCAAAUAUCCCAACCGACCCAGCAAGACGCCCGUGCACGAGCGACCCUACGCCUGUCCCGUGGAAAACUGCGAUCGCAGAUUCUCCCGCUCGGACGAGCUCACCCGCCACAUACGCAUCCAUACGGGCCAGAAGCCGUUCCAGUGCCGCAUCUGCAUGCGCAGCUUCAGCCGCAGCGAUCACCUCACCACCCACAUUCGCACGCACACGGGUGAGAAGCCUUUCAGCUGCGACAUUUGCGGCAGGAAGUUUGCCCGCUCCGAUGAGAAGAAGCGACAUGCCAAGGUGCACUUGAAGCAGCGCAUCAAGAAGGAGAAGGUGCGUGGCGAGCAGCAGCAACAGCAACAGCAGCAACAACAGCAGCAGCAGCAGCAGCAACAGCAACAGCAACUGCAGCAGCAACAGGAGCAACAUCACCUGAGCCUGCAGCAACAUCAGCAAUACCAGCAACAUCAUCUGCUCCACUCCGCCGAUUUGGCCAUAGUAACCUCGAGUGCGAGCAUGUAGAGACUAGAGAACUCGGCAUCCAGCGGCGACAAGGCCAAGAAGCUUAGUCUGGCCUUAGCUCUGGAUCUCGACGAGAGCGCCUUUCCCUUCGAGCUGACCUCGGACUAUGGAACCCUGUCGCCCCUCACCAGUCCCAGGCAGUAUAACUAUGUGUGGGUCGGCCAAGAUUCCAGCCAGCCCUUCUUCUACAAGGACAGUGUGCCGGAGAUAAAAGGUUGAGCCAGGAGAUCCAAGAGAUCCAGGAGAGCCAGGUCCAGGAUCAAUCGCUGAUGCUGAAUAUUCAUUAACGUAUACUGAAUUGUAGUCGUAGAAACGGGGUUGUGCUAUCAGCAAAAUCUAUGCAAGACAUUAAAUCGUAGAGAACAUACAAUAUGCUACAGUUAGCCUAGAUAAUAUCACACACAUCCACGAAUGAGCAAGAUAGAAAAUCAAGCAAGAAAAUCAGAGUUACUAACCAUACAAAGCCUAACUAAAGCAAAUUGAUGAUUACUAAUUAUAUUCGAUGUAAUUGAAAUGGGAAAAUAUUUAACUUAUGUCUCUAAUACUGUGAUCUCAUGUGUAAUAAUUAUUAACUUUAAUUUCUUUAUAUAACUGCAAAUAACCAGAAAUAAUUUUAAAAAUUAUAAUAUCCUUUCGCCUUUGCCUAGCUAAUGUUCAUUUUUUAAAAAUGUUAACACAAACACACACACACACUAAUUUAUUGCAUUUUAAAAUAAUUAUAUAUAUAUAUAUAUAUAUUAUAAUUAUUAAAUAUUGUCUUAAAAGAUUAUAGAUUAGGUUUUAACAUACAGAAUACACAAUUGAGCACACAAAUCUUAGCAUAUCAUUUUUUCCUCUAAGCACUAUAAAUUGCAUAUGUUUAAAGACAAAACAAAAA